AGUUGACAUUUCGAGUUAGUAUUUUCAAGGUGUUUUCAGUUGAUAUUAUAAAACUUAAUAUCACAAGAUAAAACUAAAUAAAGAUAUCGAAUGUGUUUUUAAUAAUGGGGUUCGGUUUUCAAAAUGUCGGCUCAUUUAUUAGAGAGUGCAAUGGUACUACGUUGCGUUACGACCAAGCGUGUUUGAGUAUUUUGACCGAUCAAGAAGUUACUAUAUGGAGCCAAUAUGCGGAGUGUGAUGGGUGCAAAUUGCUGCCAACAGCAACGUUCCCGAUGUCUGAUCCGAUUAUAGUCCGCACCUCCGACACUCUGCUCUACGCUCUGAAAAACAGCAGUGGAAUAAUAUGCAAAGGAUCGUAUCAGUUCGGCGAAUAUGGACAAUACGUUUUCAAUCUCACCGAGGGCGCAAAGAAUAAAUGCCUGCCCCGCAUGACUGCGGAACCGGACGCCGCCUACCUCCCGAUCCUGACAACGAUCCUCAUACUGCUGUCCAUGGCCACGAUGUGGUACGUCGUGAAAGGCAUCGGGAAAAGGGUGGUGGCCGGUAGACUCUACGCGAGAUUCUUUGCCAGAGAAGAUAACGAGCUCGGUUCGGAAACCAGAGUGCUGACCGAGGUGAGCGUGGUGAGGCCCCCGGUGAGGUCCAGGCUGCGGUCACUGGACAUCUUCAGGGGAUUCGCCAUAGCUCUAAUGAUCUUCGUGAACGCAGGCGGCGGUGGUUACUCGGUGUUCGCUCACAGCACGUGGAAUGGGUUAACGGUGGCCGAUGUGGUGUUUCCGUGGUUCGCCUUCACCAUGGGGGAGGCCCUAGUUCUGUCGCUCAACACUAAGCUUCGCACCGCCAUGCCGAGGACUACGGCUUUCUAUCAGGUGGUCCGUCGCUCGCUGUUCCUGUCCCUCAUCGGGAUAGUCCUGGGUUCGGCGAACAGCACCUGGACCGACGUCCGUCUCCCGGGAGUGUUGCAGCGCCUCGCCGCGAUGUACCUCAUCGUGGGCGCCCUCGAGUGCGCGCUCAUGAGGACAACGCAGAACAUCACACCAGGCCGUUCAUUAUUACGGGACAUCGCGACCGGGUGGCAGCAGUGGCUCGCUACCAUACUGCUCGUCGCUAUACAGGUUUGCAUAUCCUUGACGGUGGCGGCUCCGGGUUGUCCCCGAGGGUACUCCGGUCCAGGCGGGAUACACCUUUCGGCCGCCGGCAACCACUCGCUCAAGAACUGUACCGGAGGGAUCGCAGGAUACAUCGAUAGAACGCUACUGGGCCCCGCGCAUCUGUACCGAGGUGGAACCUUCAAGGAGUUGUACCGCACCGUCGUGCCUCACGACCCUGAGGGUAUACUGGGCGUCUUCUCAGGAGUGCUGGUGGUGCAGGCUGGCGCUCACGCCACCAGGAUCAUGCUUGCCUACAACCACGCUAGAGCAAGGAUAAUGCGCUGGGUAUUCUGGUCGAUAAUGUUCGGCGUCGGCGGUGGCGCCCUCUGCAUGUUCUCUAAGAACGGCGGCCCGGUGCCCAUCAACAAGAACCUGUGGUCGGUGUCCUACUGUCUCGUGACGUCAUCGAUGGCGUUCUUCAUACAGGCCGUGCUGUACUUCAUCGUCGAUCUGAAGAACAAGUGGGGCGGCAGACCUCUGUAUUACGCUGGUCAAAAUGCUCUAUUCCUUUACGUCGGCUCAGAGCUGUUGAAGCGUCACUUCCCAUUGCACUGGUACCUCGAGGCGCCGACGCACGCUCAAUUACUGGCAACACACGCCGGCGCCAUGUUGAUAUGGUUAGCGGUCGGCGUUUUCUUGCACAGGAAGAGAAUCUUCAUAACGUUGUAAAUAAAAUGUUUGUUCCAAUAAUAAAUAAAUAAAUCGUAUAUUUUCGGUAUUUGUUUCGGUGAGCUGGCAACACUGAUGAUUGAUUGUCUGCGGACGUAGCUUUGGUAUGUAGAUUAUUCUGUGAAUCAAUCCAUUACAUAAAGUUGUAUUAAUAAUAUAAAUAAAAAACUACCAAUGCAAAUUGAGAUUUAUGAGAGAAUUCGACCGUCAUAACUUUCAUACUUUCUUACA